GGUGUGUGAGUGCUAGAAGGCCAGUACUGUACAGUACUUCUGUCACUCUGCAACUCAUGCUCUUUCACCUCAGCUCGACUCUCCACCGCCGUCAUUGUUGCCUUACUCCAACCGUUCUCAACCUUCCUUGUUAUCGUCUUCCUGCUGCCAGGAACUGGUGACAACAUGGAGGAUGUCCAAACCUUCCUGUACUUUGCAUACGGCAGCAACCUGCUGAAGGAGCGGCUGCAGCUCAAGAACCCCUCUGCAACAGUACACUGUGUGGCCAGGCUCAAGGACUAUAAAUUAGUGUUUGGAAACCAUAAAGGCUUUGCCAGUGACCGGUGGCGUGGAGGUGUGGCCACCAUAGAGCACAGCCAAGGGGAUGAGGUGUGGGGUGUGGUGUGGAGGAUGAACAUGUCUGAUCAGGAGUCUCUAGACAGUCAAGAAAAUGUGAUGGUUGGUGCCUACAGUCCUGUGGAGCUAUUGGUGAAGACAAAAGGCCAGGAGCUCAGCUGUCGCACUUACAUAAUGAACAGCUGUGUUUAUGCCCCACCAUCACCACAGUACCUACAGGUGAUCAUGAUGGGAGCCGAGCAGAACAGUUUGCCAGAGGACUACCGGGAGAAGCUGCGGGCGAUCAAGACCAACAUGUACGAGGGUCCUCUGCCCAUGAUGGCUGAGCUAGAGAGAGAGAGGAGAAGAGCCAAAGAGAGAGAAGACUGUCAAUGAAAUAUCUGCACAAUUCAGGUUGACUUUUUCUUUUAAUCAUAGGGAAGUCCUUGUUACACUGUAUUCAACCCAAUACCCGUGGCUUCAGUUCACCUCAGGUCACAUUCAUACCUGACUUGGUUAAUCUGAAUUCCAGAAGCCAGGACUAGUUCGGACACCACUCAGAGAAUACAGCGACGAUGGGUCCGUGGUCUAACUGGACAAGUUUGUACUAGUGGAGUGAAUAAGAUCGAAUAUGCACAAGGUAUUUUGCAUCUAAGAGUGAGACUUAAACCAUGAAGUUUAUUUUUGUCCGAUGUGGAGGUAGUUCUGAUUUUGACCUCCACAUUGACCAGGCAAUUGAUGAACAGAAUUUCAGGCUGUCAAAUUUUAUUUAUCCAUUUACACUUUUUACCUUGGCUUAAAGGCAGAAUGCAUCAGGUAUUCUUCAUUGUUACGGUCUCGUUUCACAUAGAAUGGAAGCUAGAUUUGCCGAGCAUUGUUGCUGUCAUGUCAACGUCUCUUAAACCACCCAACAAUGACAUCAUCCGUUAUCCGUACAGUAUGUUCAUGUGUUCCCUGUCUGAGCACAUCAGCUUCCUGGGCAUGAGCAAAGGGCAACGCACCUCACGGCAGCCUUCUUGCACAUUAAUGAAUCAAUGAAUUCCUUAAUGAAUCAUUUUAUUAAUAGGUUUCACAUGAGCAAAGGAGAAAGAUAAUGAAAUGCAGAGUCCAUAUAUAAGGAUAUAAUACUGACACUUAUAGAUGCAAUGACAGUGUGGUUAAUAUUACGGAUAAGGAUAAUAACAGCCUUGUGGAUUUAAUACCUUGUGGAAAUACUGUUAAUGUAGAAAAAAAAAACAGAUGACUUGGAGGUUAAAAAACUUACAAUGAAGAUCAGUGGCCUUAAUUUGGAGUGAACGAAACAUGAAAGACACAUAUGUUUCUUUGAUGCUCUUUAUGAAAUGUAAUAUUUGUUUCUGUCCCUGCUGUCACGUUUGUAGUUUACAACUUGUCACGAGCUCUUGAAUGUGCCACAUCAAAAAACCCUUUCUGAUUAUUUUUGGGGGCAUUUUCUUUUAGCAAAGAGGAUAAUUCAUAUUAACUGGGCAUACAUUAUAUAUUUGUUCCAUUAAAAUGCUCAACACCAAUUGAUGGAAUGAAAUAUUAAAUGUCAACAUCAUAAAAAUUGAAUAUUGAAAACUAUAGUCUUAAUUCCUUAUUUUCUGUGUUUGGUAACAUUGUUCUUGUUCUCUCUGUUAAAGAAUACAAUAAACUGUAACUGUUGUUUUUUUUGUUCUUUUUAUGUGAUGCAACGAAGCAUAACAUAUUGUAUUAAGGGUGAGAGGUGUAGGACGGAUUAAAUGUCUUAA